AUGAAAUACAAACAAUUAUGUCCUAAAUCUCUUCGAUCAAAUAAGUCAUUUAGUAAAUUACAUAAACGUUGUUCAUUAUGUGAUUGUUUAUUAAAAACUCAACAUUAUUUAACAAUAGGUAAAUCUAUUCAUGAUUCAGUAAUAAUUAAUAAUAAUAAAACAAUAACAUAUGCUGAAUGUUGUCAACGAUAUUUAAACGACAAAUCUCUAUCCGAUCAAUCACAUAUUAUUUGUUCGAAAUGUUGUAAUAAUUUACAAAAUCUUCAUUCAUUACAUGUAAAUGCAGAAGAAUUAACUAAUAAAAUACAUCGAACAUGUUAUAAAACAAAACGUUUAAAUCGAAUUCGUCAGUCUUAUUCAAUCAAUAGAAUGAAUAGAGAAAUUAAAGAAGAACCAAAAUCAUUAUCUGAUACGAAUAAACAUAUUGAAACAACAUCGAAUAUUCCAAGUAUUAAUUCAGCUUUUAUUCCAUCACAAAUAUUUUCCAAUGAAUUUGAUUUGUAUCGUGAUGCAGUACAUAAUGCAUCUACAGUACCUUAUGCUCAAUUUUUAAUUGAUUCACCCAUAGCUACAAAUUUAUCUCAUCAACAAAAACAACGAGAUGGAUCAAAUAAUGAUAAAUCAUUAUCACCUGAUGACGAUCGAUCAAUUAUAUCAUGUACAAAUGACGAAGAAACUAAUUCGAAAAGUGGUCGUUUAACUCGUCGUCAAUAUGAUUUUCUUAUGGAAUUACCUGAUCAACAAUCAUUGAAUGCAUUCAUUGAAAGUUCAUCAUCAGAAUCUGGUUCUCGUUGGACAUGGCGUCGAACAUCAUCGAAUUCACGUGGAUAUAAAGUUUAUUAUGUAUGUAAUUUUUCUAUGCGUCGUCAUUAUCAUCCAUGUCCAGCUGCGAUGUAUGCACUUUUUAAUCCAGAAGGUACAAUAUCAGUUUAUUCCUUUGGUCAACAUCAACAUGUUCCUAAAAAUCAUCUUCCAUUAAUUAUAUCUGAUGAGACGAAAGAAGAAAUAUUUAAAUGUUUACAAACAGAUAUGUCAGCAAGUGAAAUACGUGAUCAUUUAAUUCAAUUAAAAUUACCAUUUGGUGAUACAAAAAAAUUAAAUAAUUUUAUUAAAUAUCAUAGAGAAUUAUUACGUUUUGGUGCAGUUACUAAUGUUCGAUUGAAUGGGACUGCUUAUCGUCAACCUCAUUGUUGGGCUAUUCGACGAUCAUCACCUAUAAAUGCAAAUACAACAACAUCAUCAUAG